AUGUGUGCUGCCAUCAGCCACAAAUUCGGCAGAGACUACCAGCUUGGAACACAGCCAUGGUUGGAGCACCCAGCCAUACCAGGGAAAUUCAUCAGAAACCUGUCACUUUCAGUGACCAUUUCACAGUAUAUGGCAGAAAACCCAUCUGAAUGGGCUGGAUUUUUGCUCUGCAUGAUGCUUUAUUUACUCUACCUUCUGUCCAUGCUUUGCCUGCUCCACUAUGAUGAAGCAUUAUGGAUCACCUGGGCUGAUGUCACAUUCCAGCUAGAAUUACCCUUUCGAAAGAUGCAUCAGUAUGGAGGCAUAGCCCCAUUCUACAUAUAUGCUGAUCCUGACCAGCCAUGGAUGUGCUUGCUACAUGAAGACCUCAAUGGGUUCAUCUUUUGGAAAAGAUUGGUCUCGAGGUUUGUAGACAUCAAGAGAAUAAGGUUGAUAUGCUAUACUCAGACCUCAAACUCCUUCCUCAAAUGCUUCCGAAAUAAUCUCCUUGACAUUAGUGUUGAUCUGCGUCCAUAUGGUACCCACUUGUUUCAUCAGGGCGGGUGUCAGUUUCUACACACAGUGCAAGGCUGGUUGUUUCGUAAGAUCUGUGACUGGGGUGGGUGGGCUGAGAAUUUCAACAACCCUGGUACCAUAUUCAAGUACCUCUUGUCUUGGAACGACAAUCCAGCAGAGGCUCAUGAACACUACAUGAAUCCAAACAGACCAGGCUGUGACCCUUGCUAUAGCUGCGGAAGAACUUGUCAUUGUGGUUAA